GCCAGAAUAAUAAAAAACGGUUGAGAGAAAAUUCUAUUCGUUGUUUGUUUCCUAAAACCAAAAUCAAGACAGGAGGAAAAAAGAAAAUUAAAUUCAUUCUUUUCUCAGUAACCAAACAGAAAAAUUAUCUAAAUUCUUCUUUCAAUCCCAACGUUGAAUUCGCUUCUUGUCAAGCUCAAUUUCCAGGCGAAGCUCACGAGGCGGUAAUAUCUCAUAGUCAAAAUCUGUGAGACCAGAGACAAAAUACAACAAAAAAGGAACAAGAAAAAACUUUGAUGACUACGAAGAAUACGAUGAAGAAAAUUUUGUACUUUCCUACAUUAUUAAUAGUCACAGCUUCGAUUUUAAGCCUUUUUUAUUAAAGCUUAUAUAUGUAUAUAUAUAUAUAUAUUCUUUUUAACUCUUUCGAUCCUUUCAAGUUUCAACAACUCCUUGCAAUCACAAUGGAAGAUUUCAGGCCAUCUGCUCCUUCUUCAACGAAGGAUUCUGUGUUGGAACGGAGGCUGGUGCAACAGAAUAUGGAUUCAGGGGGUCCUUAUAGGCUGCUUCAAUGUUCAAGUAAAGGCGAUAAAGCCGGAGUCAUACAAGAAUUAGAGAAAGGGGUGGAUCCAAAUGUGGCUGAUUAUGAUAGGAGAACGGCUCUUCAUUUAGCAGCUUGUGAAGGCUGGACUGAAGUUGUUGUUCUGCUUCUUGAAAAAGGAGCUGAUGUUAAUUCUUUAGAUCGUUGGUGUCGAACUGUAAGUUUAAUUUAUAUUCUUCUAUUUCUAGCGUGGAGAUUUUUAUUUUUGGUUAUAUUGAUUGAUCAGAAAGGAUUUGAUGCGGGCAAUUUUUGUAGCCAUUGUCUGAUGCGCGUAGCUUUGGUCAUCAUGAGAUUUGCAAGAUACUUGAAGCUAAAGGGGGAACUGAUCCGGGAAUCUUAUAAAGCUCACUUCCAACAUUAUCUGACUCGUCCACUGGUGGGAGUUGACUCUCAAGCUCCAUGCUUUGAAAUUGAUCACUAUGAGGUGAACAUGGAUGAAGCAACCCUUAUCGGAGAGGGAGCGUAUGGUGAAGUUUAUUUGGUAAAGUGGCGAGGCACUGAAGUUGCAGCCAAGACAAUUCGUUCCUCCAUUGCAUCAAAUCCUAAAGCAAAAAAUAUCUUUUUGACGGAACUGGCUUUGUGGCAAAGGUUGCGCCACCCUAAUAUAGUGCAGUUCUUUGGUGUUUUAAAGCACUCUGAUCGUUUGAUCUUCCUCACUGAGUACCUACGGAAUGGAAGUUUGUAUGAUAUAUUGAAAAAGAAGGGAAGACUUGAUCCACAAACAGCCAUUUCCUAUGCUCUAGAUAUUGCAAGAGGCAUGAAUUAUCUCCACCAGCAUAAACCACAUGCUAUAAUACACAGGGAUUUGACACCAAGGAAUGUGUUACAGGAUGAAGCAGGCCGCCUUAAGGUUACUGAUUUUGGUUUGAGCAAGCUUGCCCAGGAAAAGGAUUCAUAUGGUUACAAAAUGACUGGGGGAACUGGUUCAUAUCGCUAUAUGGCACCUGAGGUUUACCGCCGGGAAUCCUAUGGGAAGAGCAUUGAUGUCUUCUCCUUUGCUUUAAUAGUGCAUGAGAUGUUCCAAGGAGGACCAUCACAUAGAGGGGAAACAGCUGAACAAGUAGCAGACAAAAGGGCAUAUGAGGAUUUGAGACCACCUCUCUCUUCAUACAUAUACCCUGAACCAAUCAAAACUCUUCUUAGAGAAUGCUGGCACAAGAAUCCAGAUUGUCGACCAACAUUCGAAGAGAUAAUAUUAAAGCUAGAGGUAAUCCAACAACGUUUUCAACGUAAAAAUGCAAUGAAAGCCUGCAGUUGCUGUGUUGUCUUAUGAAACUAGCUAAUCUCAUCAUAAGCAGAGUAUCUUAUUCAUUUUCCAUGUAAGCUUUUUCAAUAUAAUCAAUGUAUGUCUCUCCUUUUAACUGUGUUCUUUGAUUAGAAUCUGUAUUAAUUUUCUUCACAGCAAAAACAAUGUAAACAAGAAUGUUAAUAAUCCCUUUGAUGUUUGUGUACAAAAGAACCUUAUGGGGAACUCUACACACGGAUAUAUGCAAUCCAUGCUGUCUCUCUUUAGGUUUUGCUUGAUACUUCUAUUUUUGUUAAUAAACAAUAUAAUUAGAGUGUAUCAAACAGCCCUCCAAGUUGAGAAGCAUUGCUUGCGAUAAAACGUGGAAUGAAUGAUUAUUAAACACAUUUAGAGUGAAACCAAAUUGAGAUCAUUGUGUAUUAUCUCUAUUAAUAUAUGGUAAAACAUCUGGCAGAAUUUAUGUUAGAAAUUUGAUUUGCAAACUUAAUUAGCAUAAUUUACUAGACUUAAUAAAAAAAAACAUGAUUUUCAUAAU